AUGGACACGAAAUUUCCAAAGCGUUAUGUGAUCGUGCUUCUGACAUUCAUUAGCACUUUCAUUUGCUACAUAGAACGUGUUGGAUUCUCAAUUGCAUAUACAGUAGCAGCAGAUUCAGCAGGCUUGAUAAACCAAUCAAGCAAAGGAACUGUUCUAUCUUCAUUCUACUACGGCUACGCCUGUUCUCAGAUUCCGGGAGGUUGGGCUGCUCAAAGAGUAGGAGGAAGGUGUGUACUCCUCCUCUCCUUUGUGUUAUGGUCCUUAACUUGUGCUUUUCUACCACUUGAUCCUAACCGUCUGAUCAUCUUGGUUAUAGGGCGUUUGCUUGUUGGCAUGGCACAGGGGUUCAUCUUCCCAGCUAUCCACACCGUUUUGGCCCAAUGGGUCUCACCAAAUGAGAGAUCUAGGUCUGUUUCUCUAACAACUUCUGGUAUGUAUCUUGGUGCUGCUGCUGGAAUGCUUGCCCUUCCUGGGCUUGUUAGGUUUAGAGGCCCACAAUCUGUUUUCAUGGCUGAAGCUGUUUUGGGCACUUUGUGGUCUGUUGUUUGGUUGAACUAUUCUUCUGAUCCGGCUGUUCGAUCUCAUGGCUCUAGGAUCAUCAAAAAAGGUAAAAUACCAUGGAAGAGGAUUUUGACAAGCUUGCCUGUUUGGGCUAUUGUGGUGAACAAUUUCUCAUUCCAUUAUGCUUUAUAUGUGCUGAUGAACUGGUUGCCUACUUAUUUUGCCCAGGGUCUCCAAAUUAGUUUAGAAGCAAUGGGGAGUUAUAAGAUGAUCCCUUAUUUUAAUAUGUUUGUGUUCUCGAACAUUGGUGGGGUUGUUGCAGAUUAUAUGAUUAUUAAGAAGGCAAUUUCUGUGACCAGAACUAGGAAGGUUUUGAACACUGUGGGGUUUUUGGUUGCUUCUAUGGCAUUAAUGGCUCUUCCAAUGUUUAGAAAUUCAGUUGGGGCUGUGUUUUGUUCUUCACUGGCUCUUGGUUCUUUGGCACUUGGGAGAGCUGGUUUUGCUGUAAAUCAUAUGGAUAUUGCUCCAAAAUAUGCUGGGAUUGUGAUGGGUUUUUCUAAUAUUGCUGGUACUUUAGCUGGGAUUAUUGGUGUUGAUCUUACCGGGAAGCUUCUUGAAGCUGCUAAAGUUGCUAAUUCAGAAAUUAGUAGUCCUGAAAGCUGGAGAUUGGUGUUUUUGAUUCCUGGUGUUCUUUGCAUUUUUAGCACAUUUGGGUUUUUACUCUUCUCCACUGGGGAGAAGAUUUUUGAUUGA